AUGAUGCAAAUCGCAAAAAUACAUUUUUUGUCCAAAACCACCUUUUACGAAAUACAAAAAAAAUCUUACCUAGAAAGCAAUGAGGCACUAGACUUAGCAGGCGAUGGGAGGUGUGAUUCACCAGGUUACAGUGCAAAGUACGGAACUUACACGUUACUUAAUUCAAAAUCAAAUGAAAUAGUUGACUUUCAUGUAGUUCAUGUCGGCCAAAUUGGGAAUUCGUCGCGUAUGGAAAAACAAGGAUUGAUUGUUGUUCUUAAUCGUUUGUUAGAAAAUCAACUGUCAAUUGAAGGCAUUGCAACUGACAGGCACGUUCAAAUCCGGAAGUACAUGCGAGAAGAACGGAAGGAUAUUAAGCACCAUUUUGACGUAUGGCAUAUGGGGAAAAACAUUAAAAGAAAGUUGGUCAAAUGUGCCAAGAAAACAACUGCUAAGGAUUUACUUCCUUGGGUAAAAGCUGUCAUAAAUCAUUUCUGGUGGUGUUGCGCCUCUUGUAAUGGUAACGUGGUAGAGCUACGAGAGAAAUGGCUGAGUUUGUUGUGUCAUGUAAAGAACAAACACAAAUGGAAAAGCAACAAAAUAUAUCACAAAUGUGAACACUCUAAACUCUCUAAAUUAGAACAGCGAUCAAAAAAAUGGUUGAUGGAAGGAACGCCUGCUUACAAAGCCCUUGAAUCUGUAGUUCGGGCUAAGUCUUUGUUGCGUGAUUUGAAGUACUUCGUCGAGUUCAAACACACAGGAAAUUUGGAAGUUUACCACUCACUCUACAACAAAUAUUGCCCAAAGAGGUUACACUUUAGCUUCGCAGGAAUGAUUGCCAGGUCACAACUCGCCGUUCUUGACUUUAAUGCCGGAGCUGGCUCCUCCCACGCACAAACAUCGUCUGGAGAGCAUCGCUAUAAGCAACAAUACUCGAGGAUAACAGACUCCUGGGUUGUCAAAAAAGUUUACACGGAAAAGCAAAGGUCGUACGUAGAGGAUAUUGUAAGUGAAGUUAAGUAUUUGGUUACAACUAAAGAAGGGUACGCAGCUCCCAAAGUCGCCGAUGUUCCAAAUUAUAUAGCGACAAGAGAGAAACCAGAUAAAAAGAAGCCAUUGAAAAUAUGA